CUCUCCUUUCCUUCCUUCCCCGCCAGGCGGGGUGUUUGUGCCCCGUGAUCCCGUACUGUCACGCAUCUUCUCCCCCCCGUUCGCAGGGAUCCCCGGUCACCCGGGGCACCGUCGUCGCGGGAUUCAUGAGAUUCGCCGUCGCCGGGCCUCGAUGAAGAUGAAGCGGAUGAAGAGCGAGGUGAUCAGCGCGACGAUCGAGUCUUAUCUGAAGCGGCGUCACUAUCAGACCCACGACGUUUACGCCCUACGCAAGGGCGACCACUCGCUCUGCCAGAACGGCGACCAGACGACGCUGAGCGCGACCGUGGAGUGCGGCACCUCGCAGGGGAACUCGAUUGUCUUCAGUGCCAUCACCGUUGACAUCACCGCGGCGGAUCAGGCUUAUCAGCGAUUGAAAAAAUGGAUAAGCGUCAUACUCAACGAGAAGAUAAGAGCGGAGCUGCAAGGACUUUUGUAUCCGAUAUUUUGUCACCUUUAUUUAGAGAUGCUGCACGCCGGUAAUCGGCAGGCUGCGAUUCAAUUCCUAAAGACGCAUCAGAACGAGUUUGUCAGCGACACGGAGAAGGACUUCUUGGAAGAGUUGUCUAGUGUAUUUUCGGUGCAAGACAUUGAGCUGAGACCUUUGGUGAACGCGUUCAGAACUAGAAAGUAUAAAGUAGACCUGUCCGAAUCGGCACAUAUUUGCCUGAGACAAUAUCUUACCAAAUAUGGGCACAUAAUAUUAAUGCAGAUUAUAAAUACCCACAUCACAAUAAUUAGAAAGGCAGACAGCCCUCAGAUGGACGGAGAAGUACCUGAAGAGAAAAGUCAGAGAUACGAAGCGAGUAUUAACGGCCAUGUGGAACAACCGUCCGGUACCGGUGUCGAUCGCGAAAUGAGGGAAUUGCAGGAGGCCAUACGAUUAAUACAGAAUAAUGCUCAUCAACCGUUAAGAUUAUUUACAGUGAAGAAUGCGGUAGAAAAUGCAAGUUGCGGUCUUAUCGCGCCUAGAAUGGACAAGUUAGCCGUGGGUUUUAGUACGGCCGAAAUACGUUUGUGGGGUAUAGGCGAGACUGUCUUGGUCAAAACGACAGACAAGCAAACGUGUGUUCCGUCUGCCUGUGAUAUACCGUCAUUUUGUAAACUCAACGAGCAAGAGAGCACAGUAAGAAGCGAGGCAGGGGCGAUAAUAUUAAGAGGACAUACGGACGUAGUGCACGAUUUAAGGUUCAUUCCAGAGGUGGAUAUUCUUCUUUCCGUAUCGAGCGACAAAGAUAUGAGAGCAUGGCGACUCAAUAAUUACUCAUGUACAGCAAUAUAUAGCGGUCAUAGCUAUCCUAUAUGGUGCAUGGAUACCAGUGUGUUCAAUUUGUAUAUCGGCACAGGUUCACACGACAGAACUGCAAAAUUGUGGUCAUUGGACAGAACAUUUCCCUUGAGAAUAUUUGCUGGACAUUUUUUAGAUGUUAAUUGCAUAAAAUUUCAUCCAAAUGCAAGGUAUUUAGCGACCGGUUCCGCUGACAAAACGAUAAGAUUAUGGGGGAAAGAUGAUGGGAAUCUACUGCGGGUAUACGUUGGAGCGCAAUCGACCAUUUACACCUUGGCUUUUAGUCCAGAUGGCAAAUACCUGGCCGCUGCAGGUGACGAUAAGUCCAUAUCCAUAUGGGAUUUGGCAUCUAAUGGUUUGCUGACUGAACUGAAAGGCCAUAAAGAUACAGUCAUGAAUGUGGACUGGAGCUUGGAUGGCCAAUACAUCGCUAGCGCGAGCCUAGACGGAAUCGUACGGCUGUGGCCUACUCAAGAUUUCAUCAAAACGUUGAAUGGAGGAUCAUCAAGUGCUAUGUCACAGUCAGAGGCGCCACAAAUUUAUUCAACAUAUUGCUCAAGCAUUCUCUCAUUGAAUUAUUACAAGAAAAACAAUUCGUUAAUUUGUAUCGGCACUAAGUAAUUUUUUUUAUUAUUUAUUAUCGUGCUAGUCAAACGUAAAACGUACUUCUAAAUUAAUUUUUUUUUUAUCUGAUACUAUACGUUGACAAUUUUUCAGCAAACUUGAGACUGCCUGCAAUUAGAGUUGAUUUUAUACAUUAUAUAAUUAACUUAAGAUUUGAUCAUACAUAAAAGCUCAUAUGAGUUUUUACAGUAUUUUUAAGAAGUGCAUCACCAUUUCAGUGUAUUGCGUACAACUAAAUCUAUAUACAUUACUAUACUCAUUACAUUUUAUUUAUCGUUUUAACGUCAAAAGCAUGCUAACUUUUUACUUCUAUCAAUUAAAUCCAGUGAAUUGUAUUUUUCUUUUUUUAAUUAUUUUUUAUUUCAAUCGUUCAUUUUUCGUUUUAAUUUUCAAGUGACGCUUUAUACAUCUCAUGAGGAUUAUGUUUGCUGCUUGCCAUCAAAUUUUUCACAAAUACAAUGAAAAAUUUUAAGUAUUUAAUAAUGAGUUUCGAUUGUGUGAAAGAGCACAUUUUGAACUAAUAAUUCAAUGAGAGAAAUUAUCAGACAUUUAUGUCUGCGUAAUUAUGUACAUAAGUUUCCUGUGGGAAAUAUUGUGUAAGAACGAUUUAUUGAAAAUUUCUGUCUUGUUAUAAAGACUUUAUAAGUUGUGAAUAUAAUGUUAAAAAGUAGUGAAAGAAAAUACAAAAUUUUUAUAAAAA